ACACUGUCCCUAUCCGGCUGUUCAACACACACGGUCGCGGAAAACAAAGAAACAAGAGAUGCGCGUGGAUUUACCGGAGAGAACAACAAAAGAGCAAAGAUGAGAAUGAAGUUGGUAUCGGACUGUGGCGAUUUUUUGCUGACGUUUUAAAUGUAUUGAAGCACGAAUUUUAUGGGCGUGUGUAAAACUGUCCACACACACACACACACACACACACACACUGCAUGCAUGUGCACCGUGAUAGUUACCCCACAUAUGGGGUUUACGCUAAUGUAAUUUAUUUAUUUUUAUGAAGAAGUUGCUCAGGACGAUUAUCAGAAAUCGCUUGUCUGUAUAUGGAUUAUUCGGAGGAGUGAGGCGCACGUUUGGUGACUGUUGAAAAUUGAAGGCGCUCGGGGACCUAAGCGUAGCAUUGAAAUCGAUCAAGAUGUCUUCUCCAGAGGCUCCACAGCUACCCCCAAAGCCUGAGGUUAAACAGAGACCUCCAGUUCCCACUAAGCCCUCCAAUAACACCACAGACACCUCACCCGCCGAGAACACAACCUCACCAAACUCUGGCAAUGUAAAAAAGAUAGUCAACAUAUUCAGCCAGCCAGAGUCUAAGACUCCAAGUGGAGGUACAGCAAAGGUCACAACUUUGGACAGGAAACAACCGAAACCUCCUAUAGUAAAGCCGAGGCGCAAAACUAAAAGCUUUUCGCAGACCGGCGCUGACAGUGCACCUCCUCUGCCUCCGAAGACGAGGCAAAAUCACAGCGGGCAGAAAGAGGAGGUGGAAAGCAAGGAGGCCACUGAAGGAAGCAAGCAAGACGGAGGCCUGGCUGCUGGAAAUACUGAUGGAGGCCGGUCAGAUCCUGAUGGGAAAGAAAGUGGUAAACGGCGAGGAGACCAGGAUUCAAGCCCUCUCCCUGAGCCUCAGUGUGAGAAGAACUGCGGCUGCGUGUGUCAUUUACAGAGGCCUGGCAUGAAACUCGUGUGGGUGCCUAUAAGUGAAAAAGAUGAUGAAGAAGGAGAGGAUGAUGGGAUCGGGCCAGAUCCUGAGAUAGAGACCUGUGACACUGAGGAUCUGAAUGGAAAAGAAGAAGAACAGGACGAUCCAAAUAUGAAAGUGGAGUUUUUGAGCGAGUCCGUAGAUAAGGCUGAGAACAACAGCGAGGAACCUCUAACUAUUAAAGACAAGUUUCAAGAAACACGGAACUUCAUAGAGCAGCAGCUGAGAAGAAAAUCAGAUCCUGGUCCUCAUUCGGUGAUCGCCUCUGUUGUCCCGUUUCCCCAGACUCCUCUGAACGUCCCAAAAGCCCAAUCUUUGGAAGAACCAGAAGAAGAAUCCAUCUAUCAAUCCAGCCUGGAUGUGUGCCCUCUGUCAAGCCAAAACACUCCUCCAGCCAUUCCUCCCCGAAUGCCUUUAGAUAAUAGGUGUUCACCGGCUCGGCUCAUUCUCCCCAAGCCUCUAACGCGCCCUGCAUCCCCGCUGCUGCCCCUUAUUAAAUGUAGCCCACCUGCCAGUCCUCCACCACAAAAACCUCCACCACCAACCAGGAACAAUGAGAAUGGAAGACGACCCAGCAGUUAUUCUCUGCAAUCUAUGGAUGAGACUGACAGUGGAGGAGCUGAUGGAGGAAAAUCCAAUGAUCUGAAACGUCAACGAGGUCUCCCGCGUCGGAAACAAUCUGAUGAUUCGGAAGCCCUGUAUCAGUUUUACACAAAAACAUACAUAUCAAAGGAGAUCAGAAGGACCGUUUGUCGCAACAUCAGUAAGACCAGCAUAGACUUUCAGAUGGACUCACUAAAUACAGCCAAUUCAGAGAAAGGAGCUGAAAGUGCCAGAUCCAGUCCCGUUCCAACUACCAAACAGACCAGUUUAUGGCAGGACCUGCCAGAGGUACAAGACAGUGGUGUCCUGGAGACCUUAACCCCAGAACAGCGCAAGUACCAAGAGAGCAUGUUCGAAGUGAUUGCGUCAGAAAGGUCAUACUUGCGUUCUCUGUGUGUUCUUGUAGAGCAUUUUAUGGAGUCAAGUGACUUGAGUAAUACUCUUAUUAUAAUGGACAAAAAAACUCUUUUCUCAAACAUUCUCCGCAUCAAGGAGGUCAGCGAGAGAUUUCUGAAGGACCUGGAGGAGCGACUAGACGAGAGCAUUAUCAUUUCAGACAUCUGUGACAUCAUCCACUAUCACGCCCAACAUAAUUUCCCUGCGUACAUAGACUAUGUACGAAAUCAGAUUUAUCAGGAGAAAAUCUACACCACUUUAAUGCAAAGUAACACCCAGUUUGCGGCUGUGAUUACCCGACUGCAGGAGUCCCCUGAGUGUCAACGACUUCCCUUCAUGUCCUUCAUGUUGCUGCCCUUCCAGCGAAUCACACGCAUUAAAAUGCUCAUUGAGAACAUUCUAAAGAAAACGGAUGUGGGUACAGAUGAGGAACAAACAGCAUCUAAAGCUCUGGACUCAGUGUCUAAGAUCAUAGAAGAAUGUAAUACUCAGGUGGGAAAAAUGAAGCAGGUGGAAGAACUCAUCGAGAUUAACAAGAUACUGGAGUUUGACAAACUUAAGGCAGUACCAAUAAUCUCUCAAACACGUUACCUGGAGAAACGCGGAGACUUUCAAGAAGUCAACAGAGGAGCAACAUUCUUGACCCUCCGUUCCAAAUUUACUUCAGUCUACCUGUUUCUUUUCAAUGACCUGCUUGUUUUUGCCAAGAAAAGUUCUGAGCGGUAUGUGGUCCAAGAUCAUGCUCAUCGCUCCCUGGUCCAGGUGCAGUCUAUGGGGGAGGACGCAUCUGUUCCCAGCCUGGAGAACUGCUUCUGUCUGACCCUUCUGGAGAAUCACCAGGGACGCCAUGUGGAGAGAGUUUUAAAAGCGCCCACACAAUCUGACCUACACAGGUGGCUGGCUGCAUUCCCGAAUCCCAACGAUCCCAACAAGGAUCAAGAGGAAGUCAUAUAUGAGGACUGGGAUUGCCCUCAAGUGCAGUGUGUGGAGCAAUAUGUGGCAAUUCAAGCAGAUGAGUUAAAUUUGGAACCCACAGAGAUUGUCAAUGUCAUACGCAAAACCAAUGAAGGAUGGUAUGAGGGGAUCUGCCUGUCUGAUGGCCAGAAAGGCUGGUUUCCAGUGGCGAACGUACUGGAAAUCACCAAUGAACACGUACGUCGACGCAACCUCAGAGAGCGAUACCGUGUUAUGCAGGCUGCCAGCGUCGUCAACAAGACUCGAACUUUACCUAAAGGGGCUACAUCCUAACAGACUGGGAAUUCCUUAUAUAGGAAUAGUCUCUUGUAUUUACGGAAUGCGUUUUGAUGUGUUUCUUAAAUCCUUUUUAGGAUCAAAUAUAUAAUUCUAUUGGAAUUUUAAAUUUUGAAAACAUGGAAAACGCUCCAUUGUACUGUAUGGAUUGAACCUUUGGCACAUCAAAAACAAAAUAUUUUACUGUGUCGCAAAACUACCCAUUAUGUUGCAAUGUUCAGUUGUUUGUUAUAGGAUCCAAAUAUGGAAUGUACAUGGUUUAAAAAUAAGUGUGUGUGCGUGGGUGAUGUGUAUAGCAGUUCUUUUAACAUUGUCAAACUACUGAGAAUCCAGUAAAAACAGAAUAGGUGAGUGGUGCAGGAUGACAAAAAUGUAACAUGUUCUGUUUAAGAUGUGUGGAACAUUUUUAAUAAACCCACAUUGUCUUUGUUACUGGAAGCGAUGAAUGUGUACAAUUUAGAAUUUGUUGACUAUAAACACAAAUGCUGCUGUGCUAUAGGUUACCUUGAUAUUGUUUUCAUUUAGUAGCCUGUGCAGUUGGACUUCCGACUCAAGACAUAACCAACUCAACCAGAAUAGUACUGUACAUUGUUUUAUACGUGCUGUUGUGAGUUUUUAGACUAGACGUCGGUGUGUGUGUACUCCAUUAAAAACCUUUUGUUAUGCAACUU